GCACUGAUAUGCAACAAUGAUAGGCACUGAUAGGCGGCACUGCUGGGCACUGAUGGGUGGCACUGAUGGGCAGCACAGGACCAGGGGCGGACUGACAAUUCAUGGGGCCCCCGGGUAAUAGGGGAUCAUGGGGCCCCUGUGUUCUUGCCCAAUUUAAAAAAGCCUAUGAAAAAGGUACCAGGGGCAUCUCAUGGGGCUCAUUACUGACCCCGGGCCCUCGGGCAGUGCCCAAGUUUCCAAAUGGUCAGUCCACCCCUGAACAGGAGUAGCUGAGGCA